AUGGCGGCUCCCUUAACGCUGCUUCUGCUUGUAGCUGUCACGAUCCGAGCCGCGCUUUUUAGAUCCAGUUUGGCGGACUUGAUUUCGGCGAGAGUGGAGGUCGUGUCUCCCCUGAAUGCCUGGAAAAGAGUGGUGGAAGGUCUGGCCCUGCUGGACCUGGGAAUCUCCCCAUACUCUGGAGACGUGUUCCAUGAGACGCCUCUCAUCAUCUAUCUCUUUCACUUUGUGGUGGAUUAUGCAGAGGUAACCUUCAUGGUGACAGACGGGAUUACAGCUGUGGCUCUCUACCUGGCUGUUAAGGACUACAACAAGCAAGUGUUCAGGAAACAGAAAUACGCCUUGGAGGCAGACCGCUACCCCCUGGACUGUCUGGAGCUCAUCAGAAGCCCCAACGAAAUGUACUACAUCCCGCUCAAAGUGGCCAUGUUUUACCUGCUGAACCCGUUCACCAUCUUGUCCUGCGUUGCCAAGUCGACCUGUGGCCUGAACAACGCGGUCAUCGCCCUCUUCAUCUUGUCGACCGUUAAAGGAAGUGCCUUGUUGAGUGCCAUUUUCCUGGCUCUGGCCACAUAUCAGUCCAUCUAUCCAAUCACAUUGUUCGCUCCAGCACUGCUGUUUUUCCUGCAGCGCCUGUACAUACCGGUAAAUGUGCGGAGGCCGAGCUUCUGGUUCUUCACCCUGCAGUUUGCCUUCAUGUUCCUGGGCAGCUUGUUCGUCAUCGUCUGCCUGUCUUUCUUCCUGCUGGGCACCUGGGACUUCCUGCCCUCUGUCUACGGCUUCAUUCUAUCUGUACCUGACUUGACCCCCAACAUCGGUCUGUUUUGGUAUUUUUUCGCCGAGAUGUUUGAACACUUCCGCCUCUUCUUCCUCUGCGUCUUCCAGAUCAACGUCUUCUUCUACACCAUCCCUCUGUCCAUCAAACUCAAGGAACACCCUGUGUUUCUGGUCUUUAUGCAGUUAGCUGUAAUCGCCAUCUUUAAGUCGUAUCCCACGGUGGGCGACAUCGCUCUCUACCUGGCCUUCUUACCUGUCUGGAGUCACCUGUACAGAUUCCUGAGGAACAUCUUCCUGGUGUCCUGUGUGCUGCUGGCCUGUUCCGCUCUGUUCCCCGUUCUCUGGCACCUCUGGAUCUAUGCCGGCAGCGCCAACUCCAACUUCUACUACGCCAUCACGCUGCUGUUCAACGUGGCGCAGAUCCUGCUGGUGUCCGACUACUUCUAUGCUUUCCUGAGGCGAGAACACCAUCUCACACAUGGGCUGUACCUGAAGAGGAAAGAUGGCUCCGAGGCUACACUGGUUCUUAAAUAA